AUGGCUGGUGGCCGCAAUACCAAGUCUUCAGGCCCUGUGCCUCCGUCGCGAACGCUGGUUCUCGACAAUGGCGCGUCGACCAUCAAAGCAGGCUUCGUUUCCGACGACCACACUGACGAGCCUCGAGUAAUACCAAACUGCAUCGCCAGAGACAGGGCGAGAAAGGUCUACGUCGCAUCCGACCUCGAAAAAUGCCAUGAUUUUGGCGAAGUUCAAUUCCGGCGACCGGUAGAAAAGGGGUACAUUGUCAAUUGGGAAGCUCAAAAGGAGAUUUGGGACCACGAGUUCUUCGACGACAAGGCGCCGCAAAAGUGCGAUCCUUCCGAGACCAGACUGCUCCUUGCAGAACAACCCAAUUCGUUGCCUAUUCUACAGGCCAACUGUGAUCAGGUAAUCUUCGAGGAAUAUCAAUUUGCCAGUUAUUAUCGUGGUAUUGGUAUGUGGUUUAGCCUCUUGCACGUCUCGUCGACUCAGCUGACCUAUGUCUUCCCAGGGGCCUCCUUCAAUGCGUACCACGAUAUCCAAGGUAUCCUUCAGACCCCCCGAGACCCGAAUUCGGUGCCCCAAAUUCCGGCUGAAGCUGUGCUGCUCAUCGACUCUGGCUACUCCAAUACUAUCGUCAUGCCUCUUCUCAACGGCAAGCCCCUGCACUCCGCUGUUCGAAGACUGGACGUCGGUGGGAAGCUCAUGACAAAUUACUUGACGCGUUUACUCUCCCUGCGAUACUACGACAUGCGAAACGACACAUACAUCGUUAAUGAGAUCAAGGAACAGGCAAGCUAUGUCUCACUCGACUUCAAUGGCGACCUCGAGAAGACCUGGAAGGGUACGAGGGGCGAGAAGAGGGAGCCUUACGUGACGGGAGCCGGCAUUGCCAAAGACUACAUACUGCCCGACUUCCACACCAAGACGAAGGGCGUCGUCCGAGACUACGACCCUGCUAUGCACACAAAAGCAAGAAAGAUGGCAGCACGCGCCGCUGACAACGACGAAGACAUACUCACGCUUCGAAACGAACGCUUUUCAGUUCCCGAACUACUCUUUCAGCCUUCCGACAUUGGACUCCGACAACCCGGCCUCGCGGACGUCAUCAUGCAGUCUCUUUCCGAAUUGCCAGUUGGGCUUUGGCCGGGGCUCUUGGCUAACAUCGUUGUCGUUGGCGGCAACGCCUUGUUUGCUGGCUUUAUCCAGCGGCUGGAGAAGGAGCUUGUCAAAAGGGUUCCCGAUGCCUGUAUUGUGAGGGUCGCGCAUCCCGUCGACCCUAUCACAAGCACCUGGCAUGGCGGUGCAGAACUGGCCAAACACUCCGAUAUUCAUAAGCUGUCUGCCACUAAACAAGAGUACGAAGAGUACGGCGGCGCAUGGGUUGCUCGCAAAUUCGGCUCUGGAAACACUGGUGUCUGA